CUUUUCCUUCUCGACGUCCAUUACAUUUCUCUUUCGUCUUCUGCUUGUCCAUGGCCUCCGUUUCGCUAGCUAUUCUCCUCCUCCUCGCCGGCGUAGCAGCUACUCCUAACGCCGGCGGCGAUGGGCCAGAUAUGUCAAUCAUAAGCUACGGUGAGAGGCAUCGCAUUCGGAAGCCGGAGAGAGGCGAAGCGGAGGUGCGGGAGAUCUACGAGAUGUGGAUAGAACACAAUGGCCGGAGCUACAACGAGCUCGACGAGAAGGAGAGGCGAUUCGAGGUAUUCAGGGAUAAUCUACGAUAUAUAGACGAGCACAAUGCUGCCGCCGAUGCCGGUGUCCAUUCAUUUCGCCUUGGGCUUAACCGCUUCGCUGAUCUCACCAAUGAAGAGUACCGCGCUUCCCACCUAGGUAUUCGGAAACCUCUACGCCACCGUAAUCCUAGCGAUCGUUACCGCCUCGCCGCCGGCGAGGCCCUGCCCGAUUCCGUUGAUUGGACGAAAAAGGGAGCCGUCGUGCCUGUCAAGGAUCAAGGCACAUGCGGGAGCUGCUGGGCUUUUUCGAGCAUCGCUGCCGUGGAAGGGAUUAAUCAGAUCGUGACUGGCGAACUCAUAUCGCUGUCAGAGCAGGAGUUGGUGGAUUGCGACACGAGCAGCAAUCAAGGAUGCAAUGGUGGCCUUAUGGAUGAUGCCUUUGAAUUCAUCAUUAAGAACGGUGGCAUUGACUCUGAGGAGGAUUAUCCUUACAGAGGUCGUGGUGGCAGAUGUGACUCUUACAGGAAAAAUGCUCGGGUUGUAUCGAUUGAUUCAUAUGAAGAUGUUCCUGUAAAUAAUGAGAAGGCUUUGCAGAAGGCACUUGCAAAUCAGCCAGUAAGUGUCGCCAUUGAAGCUGCUGGCAGGGCAUUCCAGCUGUAUCAAUCAGGCAUUUUCACCGGAAGUUGCCGGACGGAACUUGACCACGGUGUUCUCGCUGUGGGCUACGGGACUGAGAAUGGGAAGGACUAUUGGAUUGUGAAGAACUCAUGGGGGACUGACUGGGGAGAAGAUGGCUUCAUAAGAAUGGAGCGCAAUGUGAGGGCUCCUAGCGGCAAAUGUGGAAUUGCCAUGAAGGCUUCCUACCCUGUCAAGAAAGGCCCAAACCCACCAAAACCAAGCCCAGGCCCACCUACUCCUGUAAAGCCCAAGAUGCAAUGUGAUGACUAUUAUUCCUGCCCAGCAAGCACCACAUGCUGUUGUGUCUACGAGUAUGGCCGGCUUUGCUUUGCUUGGGGAUGCUGUCCCUUUGAAGCCGCCACCUGCUGUGAUGAUCAGAGCACCUGCUGCCCUCUUGAAUUCCCUGUUUGCGAUGUUCGCGCUGGAAAUUGCCUCACGGUAACUUUUCUUUUAUAUAUUCGUCACUCUUUACAGACGCCAUUUUAAUCUCAAUCUAUACAAAUGUCAAAUUAGUUCUUAGA